GCCCGGGGAGGGGGAGCGGAAGGAGGCGGCCCCGCGGCAGGGCCCGAGGUGGGGCCCGAGGUGUCCGCCCGCCUGUCACGGCCCGCGGCUGGGGGCAGCCGGCUGGAGCUGGGAGGAGGAAGCGGCGGAGAUGGCGCGGCUGGUGGCGGUGUGCAGGGACGGCGAGGAGGAGUUCCCCUUCGAGAAGAGGCAGAUCCCCCUCUACAUCGAUGACACCCUCACGAUGGUGAUGGAAUUUCCUGAUAAUGUGCUAAACCUUGAUGGACAUCAGAACAACAAUGCGCAAUUAAAACAAUUCAUUCAGAGGCAUAGCAUGCUUAAACAGCAGGAUUUAAAUAUUGCCAUGAUGGUGACAUCACGUGAAGUUUUGAGUGCACUUUCUCAGCUGGUCCCGUGUGUUGGCUGUCGUCGUAGUGUGGAACGUCUGUUUUCUCAGCUUGUUGAGUCUGGAAAUCCAGCACUUGAGCCUCUAACAGUAGGGCCAAAGGGUGUUCUUUCUGUAACUCGGAGCUGUAUGACUGAUGCAAAGAAGCUCUAUACACUGUUUUAUGUGCAUGGGUCCAAACUGAAUGAUAUGAUCGAUGCAAUUCCCAAAAGUAAGAAGAACAAAAGAUGUCAGUUACACUCUCUGGACACACACAAACCAAAACCCUUGGGGGGUUGUUGGAUGGAUGUGUGGGAGCUCAUGUCCCAGGAAUGCAGGGAUGAAGUAGUUUUAAUUGAUUCUAGCUGUCUUUUAGAAACAUUAGAAACGUAUCUACGAAAACACAGGUUUUGCACUGACUGCAAAAAUAAAGUACUUCGGGCAUACAAUAUUCUUAUUGGUGAGCUAGACUGCAGCAAAGAAAAGGGCUACUGUGCUGCACUUUAUGAGGGUUUGCGUUGCUGUCCACAUGAACGUCAUAUACAUGUAUGCUGUGAAACAGAUUUCAUCGCACACCUAUUGGGUCGAGCUGAACCAGAGUUCGCAGGAGGGUAUGAACGGAGAGAAAGGCAUGCUAAGACAAUAGACAUAGCCCAAGAAGAAGUUUUGACCUGCCUGGGUAUUCAUCUUUAUGAAAGAUUACACCGAAUCUGGCAAAAGUUGCGAGCCGAGGAACAAACGUGGCAGAUGCUUUUUUACCUAGGUGUUGAUGCUUUACGCAAAAGCUUUGAGAUGGCUGUGGAAAAAGUGCAGGGUAUUAGUCGAUUGGAACAGCUCUGUGAAGAGUUUUCAGAAGAAGAAAGAGUGCGAGAACUUAAACAAGAGAAGAAGCGCCAAAAACGAAAGAAUAGACGGAAAAAUAAGUGUGUGUGUGAGAUCCCUACUCCUUUGCAGGCAACAGAAGAGAAGGAAAUAAAUCAAGCAAAGGAAAAUUCGGACUUCACAGAAAGUAGUUGCAAAGCCUGUGGUAGCACCGAAGAAGCUAACAAUUGUGUAGAAGUAAUUGUUACUAAUGAAAGCACUUCUUGCACCUGUCCUAGUAGUGGUACCCUAUUAGGUUCACCUAAAAUAAAGAAAGGUUUAUCUCCACAAUGUAACGGGAGUGACUGCGGCUAUUCAUCUAGCAUGGAGGGCAGCGAAACAGGAUCUCGAGAGGGAUCCGAUGUGGCCUGCACUGAAGGCAUUUGCAACCAUGAUGAAAACGGAGAUGAUUCAUGUGUCCAUCGCUGUGAUGACAAAGAAGAGGAUGGAGAUAGCUGCGUGGAGUGUUGGGCAAAUUCAGAAGAGAAUAACACAAAAGGCAAAAACAAAAAGAAGAAAAAGAAAAGUAAAACUUUGAAGUGUGAGAACGAACAUAUUCAGAAACUUGGAAGCUGUAUGACAGAUCCAGGUAACAGAGAGACCUCAGGAAAUAUGCACACAGAGUUUCAUCGUGACAAGACCAAAGACACACAUGCUGAAAGCUGUUGUAGCUCAGAAAAAAGUGUGCAGCAGUUGCCUUGGUUUGAGCACAUGAAAAAUGUGUCACAGUUUGCAGAACCUACAGAAAUGUCACUUGUUCCUGAUACUGGAAAAGGUGCCAAGAGCUUAGUGGAGCUCCUUGAUGAAUCUGAAUGCACUUCUGAUGAGGAAAUCUUUAUCUCACAAGAUGAAAUACAGUCAUUUAUGGCAAACAACAAGUCUUUUUACAGCAAUAGAGAACAAUACCGACAGCAUCUGAAGGAGAAAUUUAAUAAAUACUGCCGCUUAAAUGAUCACAAGAGGCCCAUUUGUAACGGUUGGUUGACAACGGCUGGAGCGAACUAAAUACAAUAAAAUAGCUCUGUCUUUCAUUGAAA